UAGAAGCACACGGACCAAUUGAGAGAUCCGGGGGCGGGAAGAGGCGGGCCUGAGCGGGAGAAGGAAAUGGCGGCGCGGGCGUCGGGCUCCGGAGCUCCUUCCUGGGCACCUCACCUCACCUGUGUCUACCUCAGUUGUCUCAACUGUAAAGUAGGAAUCAUCCCAGCACCUGCCGGCCGAUGGUUGUGAGGAGCAAAUGAGGAACAGAGAUGCCCCUCCUGCGCCUGGUCUCCCAGCUCUGCCAGCUGUGGCCCCGCUGCCCUCCUUGUGCCAGGUCCCUCAGCUUCAGUCCCUGCCAGAGGGCAAGACAAAAUAACUACUAUGAGCUCCUGGGGAUCUGUCCCGAUGCCAGCAUGAAGGAAGUCAAGCGCGCCUUUUUUGCCAAGUCCAAAGAGCUUCACCCCGACCGGGACCCCAAGAACCCUGCUCUCCACAACCAGUUCGUGGAGCUGAACGAAGCCUACCGGGUUUUGAGCAAGGAAGCCAGCCGGCGGGCCUAUGACCACCAGCUCUCCCUUCGAGGCUCCCGGCCACCUCCCGGCCACGCCCCCCAGGGGGCCCGCCACAGCCACCGCCCUCCCUCGGCCUCGACCUCCAGCAGCUCGUGGUCCUGGGCCGAGGCUGACGCCCGCUACUGGGGGCAGUUCCGCAGGGUGCGCCCGGAGGACUUCGUCGGGGCUCGGCGGAGGCAGCAGAAGCAGAACCACCGCGUCCUGGGCUACUGCCUCCUGCUGAUGCUGGGGAGCAUGGUCAUACACUACAUCGCCUUCAGGAAGCUGGAGCAGGUGCACCGAAGGUUUAUGGACGAGAAGGACCGCGUUAUCAUGGCCAUCUACAACGAGAGCAGGACCAGGGCCAGAGCGAACAGCGCCAGGCUCCAGCAGGAGAAACUGCAGAAGGCUCAGAGCCCCCAGCCGCGCCCCGAGAAGUGACCCGCGCCCCUUCUUCCCUCCGCCUCCCGAGGGGCUGAAGGGGGGCCCCUGAGCGCGCGCACAAUAAAGUCUUUGUCAGUGGG